AUGUCUCUGAAUAUAUACAUCGCUCACACGGGUGAGCAUCUGCUUACUGAUCCCGUAUCGUUUGCCUCUCCGGAUGCGCUUCGAUCAUGGAUCGCUCGCAGCACCUCGAUCCCCCCACCGCGGCAGAUCUUAAUGACUUCUCGCGGAAGAAAUGUCAAGAUUCAGACACUAGCCACUGAGAAUGAGAUCUUUGUGUACGACCGGCUGUAUGUCAGUGAACCUGGCCAUGCUGAGCUCCCGGAAAUUCCUCCUCCUGAACCACUUAAUCCCGAAGAUCCUCCCGAUACACUCGCAGACCAGAAUGACCUGCAGGCUUGGCGGAACCUUUACAUGGCGAGAAGGUCAUGGGCAUUGAACCUGUCGGAACGGUGCCAACAGAUUGAUCGGAUUAUUCAUGAACAUUACGAAGGAACCGAUAUUAUCAAUCGAGCAGUUGGUGUCGCUCUGGAGAACCUCAAGUCUCACGUUGGUAAUCUGGAGCAUCGAUUCCAAGAGGCUCAGUCCUGGGCAAAUGAUUUGCUAAAGGAGCAGAAAUCAGCUCUUGAUGGCUGGCAACAAGCUUUGACAACACUGGAAACUAUCCCUGCCCGGGACGAUAUCUCUUUCCUGGGCCGACCGUCGACGCCCAAGAAGGACAGAAAUCGGUCAACGGGAACACUGCGUGAUUUUGUGGAUUCCAGUGAAGUUGAGAGGGCCGGUUCCGAAGCAGCGGCCUUGUUCCCUAGUUUUACUCGCCAAGUCGAUGAUAUCGAGAAAUCUGUCAGUGAAAUCGCUGCCGAUACUCAACGUAUCCUCGAUCGUCCUCCCCCGUCGAGCGGUAAUGGAGUUGACGGACUUCUCGAAGAGGUGGAAACGAUUGCCAGGAAAAUCAGUUCCGACUACGAACAUGUCCUGGGUCUCCCUAACAAUCAGAAGACUUUGGCAAAUAUCUCUAGACUUGCAUUGAGCCAUACUCAAGACCUCUUACCAUCACUGCUAGAAAUAUGCAUUGAACUUCAAACCGGACUUGAAGAAGCGGUCAUGCGACGCAAUGAAGCAGGGAAAGAAAGUAUCAGACACAUGCGAACCAUUUCCACCAUAGAAUCACGUCUUGCAGACGUUCAAUCUCGGAUAGUAAACCUCGAUCUCAGGAGCGACGCAUUCGAUAUCAUCUUCUCUGUCUUCCACAUGCCUAUGGUCUACGGGUCCGUCUUGGUUGAGGCCGUGCGGAGGCGUGAAUGGAGCGAUAAGAUGAAGUCAGAUUCGUUGACUCUGGCAGAAGAAAUGGCUGUCUUCAGAGAUGAAGAACAGCGACGGCGCAAAAAGUGGAUGAAAAAUAUGGGCGACUUCAUUACCAUUCCCGACACCGCAACUCCAGGAAUUGAGGUAAACUUACAAGGCCGAGAGUAUGAAUGGCCCGAGGUUUCCCGAAAGGAGAUUGAAGUCUACAUUGAAGAACUGAAGAGCAAGCCUUUCAUGUCUGCUUUAGUCCAAGAUCUACUCCAAUUAUACAAGGAGUUGGAUGCUCCCACGCGUCACCAGAGGCGCCGAGCAAAAGCAUUCAAACAUGGCAGCGUGGUUGACAUGGGCCGAAGCUCACUUCUUCUCCGCGGCGACGACAUGGUGCAAAGCUUGAGAGAUGAAAAGAGCAAGCUAGAAGAAAAGCUGAAAGGUUCGGAAAGCCGCAUCCGUAAGUUAGAGGAUUUACUUCAUCGCCAAACCCAUUUGAGUCGGCCUGCGAGCGGUAAUUUCGGUCUUGAUUUCCCUAUGUCUCCAGCUUCACCGCAUCCCGACCAGUUAUCAAGAAGGUCGUCUGUGUCUUCAAGGCGAAUGUCAUCGAACCAAUCUUCAGAGGAGAAGGCUCUUAUGCAACGCAUAGCAACUCUUGAGACAGAGUUGAACACAGAAAGAGAAACCGUGCAACGGCUACUCAAGGAAAGUAACGCAGAACGCCAGUCCAACUCUAAUAAAUUCCAAGAAGCUCAAUCUACGAAGCAGGAUCUUCUGAAGAAUCUUGCGACUCAGCAGCGAGAAUUCCAAGAUGAGAUCAAGUUCUUGCAAACCGAACUGAAAAAUUCUAGGCUCCGGGCAGAAGAACUAGAAGAAGAACUAGAUCGGGUCAUAGACAACCGAGAGCAGGAAAAACAAGAUGUAGAUAAGUGGAUUCAGAAACUCGAAGCAGAGCUUCAAAGUGCCCAUGAAGAAACGGAGAGAACAAGGGAAUUGAACGAACAGCUGCAGACCCAAAGAGAAGAACUAGAAAAGCAACGCAAGGAAACCGAGAAGAGAGACCAAGAAAAUUACAAUGCCCUGCAUGCUGCUUUUAUGACCCUAUCUCCUGGGAGCUCUGUGCCUGUCGACACUGCCGGUAUUAUCAAGGCUGUGGAGGUGCUAACUGAGGGCCUAUCAAUACAUGUCAGAAGUGCAGAAGACAAUGCUGCUAAAGUCACGGCGGAAUGCAAGGAACUCGAAGAGCGCCUGAGUCAGAUUCAAUCCGAGUCGGAGGAGGCGAGGAAUAAUUUGGGAGCACGCGAGUCUGAGCUUUCCCGACUUACAGAAGAUCUUGCGGGAGAACGGUCAAAGCUAACGGCUGUGACUGCUGAAUUGGAGGAGGAGCGGUCAAAACUCAACGCUUUACAAACCAAGGUUGCUGCCGGGGAGACUGGCUCAGACGCCCUCAGAGAGCGUAUUGUUGGAGAAGAGCAGAAGCUGGAAGACUUGUCUCAGAAGUUAACUGAUAUGGAGGCCCAAGCUCGCCGUUCCGAGGAUGAAGCUUCGGAAUGGAAAAAGAAGUUCGAAUCCGCAUCAGAGUCGGAACGUCACGCUGUAGCUCUGAUUGAACUCCGUGAUGAACGGUCUUCUGAGCUUUCAAAGAAACUCUUCUCGCAGGUCGAGAAGUUGGGCCGCAUGUUGGAGCAGCUUGGAUUUACCUUCAUCAGGCAGGAUGGGAAGAUGAUUGUUCAACGGGCUUCGAAGGUAAACGCUUCCUCUAUGCAUGGUGACGCAUCUAGUCAACCGGACAUCGUCCCCGUGAAGCCUGACGCAGGACUUCUGUACUGGAUGCUGGCCAGUACUCCCGAGGAAGAGACAUCUCGCUUCACAGCGUUCUUGGACUCUCUGGCUCAAUUUGACGUCGAGAUCUUUGGGGACGCGGUUGUUAAACGCGUCAAGGACAUCGAGCUCCUUGCGCGGAAAUGGCAGAAGGAAGCCAGGGGUUACCGGGACAAGUAUCACCGUGCCCAGAGCGAAGCUCAUGAAAAGAUUGCAUAUCGGUCUUUCAAGGAGGGAGACCUUGCCCUGUUUCUACCGACGCGCAAUCAAGCCAUCCGUUCUUGGGCCGCAUUCAAUGUCGGAGCCCCGCACUAUUUCUUGCGGGAACAGGAUGUCCAUAAGCUCUACACCCGAGAUUGGCUACUGGCCCGUAUCACAAAAAUCGAAGAGCGAGUGGUGGAUCUUUCGAAGUCGAUGAAUGGCAUACAUCCAGACCGUCGGUCUAUAGGUGAAACCAGCGAUGGCACGUCUUUCGACGACGAAAAUCCCUUUGAGCUCUCUGAUGGGCUCCGCUGGUAUCUUGUUGACGCCACUGAAGAGAAGCCUGGGGCGCCGGCGACCCCCGGUUUAGGUAAAAGCACUGUUGCAUCGGCCCAUGUAGAUGCCAAAGGCAGCAUUCGCCUGCAACGCGCCUCCAACAGUGGAAAUGUUGCCAAGAAAUUGACCAGGAGUCUGGACAGCCGUCGGAAUAGUUCUACGUCCAAAAAAGAGAUUCCCGUUAUUUCAUCACCACAACACGCUUCUGAGUCCUCGAAUGUAGGCUCUGGGCAGAUGGCUGGGGCAGUUGGAACGGAUCCUAGUUCGCCGCCACAGGGAACCGCUGCUGUUUCUGAUGAGACACGUUGA